AUGCAGGCUACGAAGCAGAAGGUGAAGACGCAGACCGUCACCGCGACGCAAAGCUUGGAGGCCGUCAAGACGCUCGUCGCAGCUGGGCUGGGAUGCAUAGCCUUCCUGAGGGACCUCUUGCCGGAGGACAACUUUACGAAGACUUCAUUCUCCGCCUUCGAUGAUUCCUUUGGGAUGUCGACCGACGGGAGGACGCCAACGCCUGCCAGCUCGCAGAAACCAGGCGGCUUCAAAGUCAUGACUAUAACACGGAACUCCACCGAGGAAGCUGACCGUCUGUUGAACUACGUGGAAAACGGCAUAUUCGAUGCUUUGCAGAAGCAGUACCUCGAAAGCUUUAUCUUUGGCAUAUAUCUGGACAAGGACAAGCCCAACGAUGUCGUCGAAGCGUACACUUUCAACUUCGAGUACCACCAAGUACCCGGCACGGACGUCGUGAUACCUAUCAUGGCGACGAUCAGAAAGACGCUGGGCAACCUGUCUUUAGGUGCCGGCGACGAUUCGCUGCAGCGAGCACGCAGUACUGGCGAUGACCCGCUUCAGCAAGCACUCAAUCAGGGAAAGGCCCCGACCUUCGGGGACGUAAAGGCCAGAGUAAAAGUCCGUGUAGUCAGCAUUUACGCUCGCGACAUUGAUCUUACGGUAACUCCAGGCUCUUCUGAAGCAAGUCAUCUCCUGUACGACGCCGAUGGAGCCUCUGCCCAGUACGUAGACGUCGCUCUUCUCAGUUCUCAAAGCUCACGGGGAACAGAGAAGCGAUAUGCCAACUUCAAGGUCUUCUACAAUGCGUCAACUCCGAUUGACUACGAGGCGCCGGGCUUCAAGCCUGGCGAUGUCGACAAGGAUCGCUGGUACAUCAUGACCCAUGCGAUUGACGAGAUCCCGGAAAGGUAUACAAUGGGCAAGCUUGACACAGGUCAUCACCGAGUGAAGCUGAGCGUUACUUCGAUUGCGGGCUUUCUCCCGGGUUCGACAGAACACGAUGACUCGCCGUUCGCAGGCCCUUCGACGCGCUCUCAUGGUGUUCCGGCCCUCACGCCCGCGCAAGAAUUUGCUCUGCGCGCUCAGCAGAGUGCAAAGCAAGCGGAGGACGCCGCGCUGCGUAACGUCGCGUGGGCGCUCGACGCCGCCGAUGCUAUCGACCCUGAUGCAGACGGCGAGGUCGACGAGGAGUACGACGCGGCGGCGGGAGGUCUGCCGAGAUUGAAGUCCUUCAACGAUUCCGGGAUCGAUAUCAAUAUGGUGCCAGUUGGCAUUCGCAACGACCAGGGUAUCAUCGAGCCCAUCCCGGCUAAGUCACUGCCCGUACACUUCGGCGGCUCCUUGGACACACCACGUCAUCUGAAAAUGAACGUCGAUGCUCCGAGCGACCAAGAUCUGUCUAGCACCCAGUUGAUGAUGACGCCCACCCAGACGUUUCCCGUCACCCCCAUGAAUCGGCAGACGAGGUCGACAGUCUUGCAAUCUUCCGGCCAAACACAGUCGAUGGGCACGCUCGACCUGCCGAGCUCGGCAGACUUCGAUACGCAAAUGCUGCAGGACAUGAACCUGGAUAUGAACGGAGACACCAUGGCCAUUGACGAAACGGAGAUCCUUAAUCUCGAGACGCAACUGCCGGAGGAAGAUACCUACGAAGACCCUAUCCAGUCUUUCGCGUCUAGGAGCGCUUCAGAGGCGCCGCCCGUUCAGAAGACCCCCAUUGUCGACAAUGGCCUGAAGUGCGAAUGCGGCAUACAGGUCGAAGAUGAUGAUCGCGUGCACUGCGAGGGCCCCUGCGGCCACUGGUUCCACGCCUGGUGCAUGGGAUACCACUCGAAGAAGGACAAGCGGCUUCCGAAGUACUUUAUUUGCUUCGAUUGUGUCGCGCGUUCGGAAGAUACAUGGGAGCUGAUCAAGAAUACGAUGUACCCGCAGAUGCGCGGCAGGCUUCAGGACUUGGCUAGGUUUAGGCGAGCCAUCAAGAAGGCGGAAACGAUGGGCCAGAACACCACCGCCCAGACGUUCGGCAAGGUCGUCCGCUGCGACCAAAGUAUCGGGAAGACACUAUUCGCGAGGCUGGAGGGCGAAGGCUUCAUCUCGCAACAAGUCGUCGAAGUCGAUGGGCUGGGCGUCCAGCAUUCGCGGGCGGCGGCGGCGAAGGGGAAGGGGAAGGCACCCGCGAAGCCUCGCAAGAAUGCCAAACGCCGCUGGGUGUUCAAUUACACGAUGAAGGAGGGCCAAGCGUAUAAGGACUACUUCGACCCAAACCCGGAGGUGGUAAGAAGGAUUCUGAAGGUUCCGGAGUUGGAGAAGAGCGUGAAGGCGCACAAGAGUCCGUUCCUUGAGAGCACGAACUACGCGCGCGGCGACGUGGAAGAGACGCAGACGCAGGAGGAUACACAGAUGUGGGACGGCACGGCGGCGAGGAAGCGUGACGAUCGUAGCGACCAGUCGGAGCGCCCCAGGAAGAAGACGAGGAUGUCGCUGGCGUCUGCUGUGGACUUGGCGGAGUAGUAGGACUCUCGUUUGACUCCUGGAUGCUUUCUCGGCGGACUUGACCUCGCUUUCUUUUCUCUUCGGCUGUCGUGCUGUCGUGCUCUCUUCUUUCGCUAUGGAUCUCCUCGGCUGGUUCUCCCGUUUCCGCUGUCAUGCAUCUUGCUCUGGACUCGCUGUGGCUUUGCUCUCGUCUUGUGCUCGUCCAAUGACCUUCGCUCUCUACCGUCUACGUUGCGCUCGCUCGACUUACGGAUGACCUAUACUUGCACUGCUCUCUCGUUCUUUCGUUAUAUUUUUCCCUUCUCAACCGCUCUAGCAUGCUGUGGUUACUAACUUACUCGUCUGUAUCGUCCAUCACCCGAUUCUGUGCCGUUGU